AUGUUCCCGAAGACUGGCUCCAAAGUCUAUGAGCUUUACACAGCUGGAAAGAUAAGCGAAGCGAUGAAGCUGCAACAAAUGGGGGGAAUUGUCUCGACCAAAUAUGCGGUGGCACUGUAUUCUGCCCCCGCGGCGGGGAUCGAAAAUGCGCUGCAAAAACCGAAACCGCGCACCCCAUAUGAGGAGGCUGGCGACGGAGUCAAGAAGACGGUGAAGGAGCUGAUGGGAGCGGUGGCAUAUGUUGAGAAGGCAAUCUAG